AUGUCCGGCUUUGAGAAGACCUACGACUAUAGAGGCCCAGGUGACGAUGUCGUCGAACCCAAAGGACUAUCCGCUACUCAGUCGGGGAGUCUAAUCGACGGCGCACCGUCCGGGUACCAUGAGCGGGACGUAUUCGGCAACGAGGAAGGCGCGGAUAUCAAGUACAAGACGCUAUCCUGGCCGCUCGUGGCCGUACUCAUGAUCGCCGAGAUCGUUUCCAAUGGCAUGCUCUCACUGCCAGCAGCUACAGCCGUGGUAGGCAUCGUGCCCGGCGUCGUCUUGAUUGUGUUUCUCGGGAUCUUCGCGUUGUACACCUCGCUGGUCCUCAUUGAUUUCAAGCUCAACCACCCAGAAGUCCACAAUAUGGGCGACGCUGGCAAGAUCCUGGGAGGCCCGAUCCUACGCGAAAUACUGGCUGCCGGAACUGUCAUCUUCGCUGUCUGUGCCACGGGAUCACAGCUACUGGCCGGUCAGAUCACUCUGGGCGUAUUGUCAGACAACAAACUCUGCCUGAUGUGGUAUACAGGCAUAUUCGCCAUCCCCACUCUCAUCCUGUCUUUCCCUCGAACCCUCGAUCAACUGUCCUGGCUCUGCAUUCCUUCGUGCAUCUGUAUCCUCGUGGCGGGCAUUGUCGGCAUGGCCGCAGCGGGGGCGAACCCAGCACCGGACAGACACGUCGACGUGGCACGCUCGGCGAGUUUCUACGAUGCAUUCGUGUCGAUCACGAACCCGGUAUUUUCAUAUGCAGGACACUUCAUGUUCUUCAUCCUGAUUUCGGAAAUGAAGAGGCCCCAGGAUGCAAAGAAGGCUGCCUGGGUGUUACAGGUCUUUGCCACCACAUUCUAUGCCGUCUUCGCCAUCGUCAUGUACGUGUACCUUGGCCCGUCAGUCUCGUCGCCGGCAUUCUCGUCCCUGCCGACGAAGUGGGCAAAAGCCACAUACGGUAUCGCGCUGCCGAACUUCCUGAUUGCCGGCUCUCUGUACUCUCACACGGCUGCCAAACUCUUCUUCAUCCGUCUCUUCCGAAAGACCCGACACCUACACCAGCACACAGUCCUCGGAUGGGGAACCUGGACGGCCCUUAUCAUCCUUGCGAAUGGCGCGGCGUUCGUGCUGGCUGUCGGUGUGCCUAUCUUCGCGUAUCUCGUCAGUAUUGCCGCCUCGUUGUUUGCUAGUUGGUAUACCUACGGCAUCGCGGGCGCGUUUUGGCUGUACGACGCAUGGCACGGGCUGGACAAGGGACGCAUCAGAGGCACUUACGGGCUGAGGGCGUGGACCGGGAGUCCCGUCAAGACCGCGGUGAACAUGGCAACAUUCCUAGCCGGGGCAUUCAUUUGUGUUGCAGGUGAGUCUUCGGGGGUCUGCCAGGCUUUCCGAUAUGUCCUUGAGCUUUUACCCCGAUCCGGCACGGUGGUGCCAUAG